GAAACACUGUGCUGGAGGCUAUUCUUGUAAGAGAUGGACUGAAAACUCUGGGCAAUACGCUGUUCGGCCAUAGCUUUCGCAAAAGGAAGAAAAAAAAACCCAGCCCGCAACUCCGGGGGUUGUAAUGAUUGGCCCGUGUCACGUGUAUUGCUCUCCUGCAGUUGUUGAACUCCCGGGCUAGUUCGAUAGUAAAAGGAUCAUUUGACAGCAAGCUCGUUUUUCUUACUCUGCAGACCUCUGCAAUUGUUCCUGCAUCAGAGAGAUGGGAUUGGACUGGAUUGGCUUUGGUUAUGCAGCUUUAGUAGCUUCUGGUGGAAUAAUUGGCUAUGCAAAAGCAGGUAGUGUCCCAUCUUUAGCUGCUGGUCUUCUUUUUGGGGGGAUAGCUGGACUUGGAGCAUACCAACUGUCUCAAGACCCAAAGAACAUUUGGCUUUCUCUGAUUGCUUCCGGAACCUUAGCUGGCAUUAUGGGAAUGAGAUUCUACAACUCAGGGAAAAUCAUGCCUGCAGGAUUGAUUGCUGGGGCAAGUCUGAUGAUGGUUGGAAGACUUGGGAUGAAGAUGUAUGACAAACCACACAAUGGAUAACAGGGCGCUCUCUGUGGCCAAGAAGACAGAUCACACGUAUCAAAUAUGCCAUGCUAAGCAAAGCACAGCACAUAUCCUAAUUUUUAAGUGACUAAAUUAAAAGCAAAUGUGUUUGUGAAUAUAGACACUCUUUUGUAUACAAGCAUUUCUUUCUCCAUCCCAGUAGGAACUACUGACUAGUAUGGUAACUUCUUGGUAAUAUUCCUCAAAGUGGUAACAAUAGAAGUUGCUGGAAAAAGACAAAGAAGACUAAGAGAAAAAAUAGGGUCAGCCAUGGUGCUGGCGCUGUUUGCUAGUGUCACAUUAUAUCACCCAAAUCGGAGCAAAACCACCUGUGUAAACAUUUCCAGUAUAAAAGAAUCAGUGAACUUUUCCAUGCCUGUGGUGCUCCAGAUGCUUAGGUCUUUGCAGUUGCCUUAAGCCACCUUACAGUAUCCAGGUGUUGAUCUGAUGUAUGGGAAAUACAUCAUUUCCUCAUUCCCAACCAAGAUGGUCAAUUGCUGGAAAUGAAGGGUUUCCAGAUCUGUAUGCAGGGAGGAUAUCAGGAUGGAGGAAAAUAGACUGAAUUUUGAGGUCUUGGUCUGUCUAUGAAGAAACGGGGAUCAUCUUCCCCUUUUGUAAAAUGCUCCUAAAAUGAUGUUUUGUGAGUAAGUCUCUGUGGAACAUUGUACUAUUGUCUUCUUUCCGAACUGUUGUUUAUCACUGUUUACAAGAAGGGGUUGAAAUGCAAUCUUUAAUCAUGAAUCUGCUUGUCAAAACCACUGCAUUUGUUGUUAAUUGUGAUUUAUUCAUGAUAUUAAAACCUUCCCAAAUUUCA